AACAGCGAGAGGCAACCUCCAAGUGCAUGGAGGAUGUGUCCACUGAUAAGGUCCUGGACGUUAUUCGCCUUAUUUCUUACCGAAGCUGCCCUUGGAUUAUACUUCCCCAGGAAGACCUACCAAGCCACAGUAUACAUCGGCCAGCCAGCAGACACUCCACUUCUCCAGGUCUAUGCUUUACCCGAUGAGGGGGAUCACAAGGCUUACUUUGGCUUCUGCAACAAUCCAUUGAGUGGAUUCCGACAUCACUGGUUCAGAAUCGAUGAGCGAUCUGGGGUCUUUUACCUUAACAAGACACUAGAAGAGAGUGACCUCAAUGUGCUGGGCAACAUGGGUGGACCAGAAUUAUACAAGAUCAUGCUGCAUAUCUUUGCUGCCCCUGAACCACAUCAUGAGAAGGAGUGCAAAGGCACAGGUCAUAAUUAUUGUGGUGAAUAAAAUCUUACCAUCCUGUGCAACAUCACAGUGGAAGACCUUUGCUUUGGAGAAGUGGAUUCCAAGGUUCAAAUUAUUGAGAACAAUGAUCCUGCAACUUUCUUUCAAAUGAAUUCCCUGCCAAACCAGUACCAAUGCCAACAUGCCAACAUUUCCUAUCACCUCGGGACAGAUGCUUCAAAUCCAUUCAGGAUCAAUGAAGAAACAUCUGAGAUCAGUGUGGUAAAGCCUCUUGACAGGGAGCAGACGGAGACAUACGACAUCAUUGUCAAGUGUACGUUGCGGACGCUUGCCCAGAUUAUUCAAGUUGAAAGAUCCUUGCAUGUAACCGUCCUCGACAAAGGCGAUAACGCCCCAUAUAUCCUUGAUGGCAAUGACACAGCUGAGGCUUUCAUUGAGUUCAACAGGAAGGAGCACACUGUGGUGGCAGCUCUCUUUGUGUAUGACACUGACAGCACCACUAAGUACACAACUACUGUGACACGGAAUGACACAUGGAUCACUGAGAACUUCCGUGUGAAGCCCACAGCCUUGGAGAUACCGGCCAGCGUGGACAGGCCUGCCCGGGGGACGGUAAACAAAUACGAGCUGAUACUGAAGAGAAGCCUGUCAGUUUCGGAGAACCGAUCCUUCAGUUUGGACGUACUGGUCCAGGACACAGAGUACAGUGGCUCCAACAGUUCAGUGAUGCUUCACUUCAAUGUCACGGUCCGGCCUAUUGUCAUCGAGUUCACUGAGAAAACAUUCUACUUCUCAGUGAACAGGAAUGCAGGACGUUCUGCAAAGAUUGGAAGAAUUUGCAUUGCAAACUGUCAGAACUUUCAAGCUUUAAGUAUAACCUACACACUGGUGCCAGUGAUCCACAGUGAAGAGAACAUCACGCAACAGGACAAAGGCUGCUCAUCUAUUGUAGGAGUUCUGAAGCAAGCCGAAGACAUAUUUGGGAUCCUGUACAUCAAUGAUGUGAAGAUGCUGAGAAACAGCACGUGCUACAAACUUCACUACAUCAUCAUUGCUAAUGAAUCACUGAGCAAGGAAGAGGCAAAGGCCAACAUUAUUGUCACGCUCGAGGGCACAUACAUCAGACAGAAUAAUAAUUGCCCAAAAUCUGUGCAACAAACAAGCAGCGGUCGGGAGUGCGAGGAAUGUGGUGGACUUGGAACGUUAACUGGGAGAUGUCAGUGGCGACAGGGCAACGAGAAGGGAAUAUCCAAAAACUAUUCUACCUGCUCAUCAGAUCUCUCCAGCUGCCCUGAUGGAUAUUGUGAUGUGGUGGAACAGAAGAAAGGCACGUGUCCACAGGACUGUAUAGAGUGGGACAAAGUCGUUGGUGGAUUUGAACCCGGAGAGCUGGGAGGAAUUAAAGGAGGCUUUGGAACUUGUGUGUGCUACUCUGAUAACAAAUGCAUCUGCCAAAAGGAUGAGUUUGUUGAGAUGGUUUGCGAUGAUCUGUGUAAAACCAUUAUUGCAGCUGCGGUGAUGUUGUCCUUCAUCCUGUCUGUGCUGCUUUCCUCCUAUUUCAUUCACCGAUACCAUAAAACCACUCCCAAGCCCCCAAUCGCCUCAGCAGAAAUGACCUUCAGGAGGCCAGCUCAGGCUUAUCCAAUCAGCUACUCCUCCAAUAAUAUCCGGAGGCCUUCUAUAGAUUCCAUGGAAAACCAAGUGGCUGUGGAUUCCUUCAAGAUACCAGAGGACCCUAAGUGGGAGUUUGCAAGGAAGAAUCUGGUCCUGGGUAAAACCCUUGGGGAAGGAGAAUUCGGGAAAGUCGUGAAGGCUACGGCUUUCAAACUCAAGGGCAAAGCAGGUUAUACUACCGUGGCUGUCAAGAUGUUAAAAGAGAAUGCCUCUCAGAGUGAAUUACGAGAUCUUUUAUCUGAGUUCAACCUGCUGAAACAAGUGAGCCAUCCUCAUAUCAUCAAACUAUAUGGAGCCUGCAGUCAGGAUGGUCCUCUCUAUCUUAUCGUGGAAUAUGCCAAAUACGGAUCACUAAGAAGUUUCCUGAGGGAAAGUCGCAAAGUUGGUCCCAGUUACUUGGGUGAAGGCAAUCGAAACUCUAGUUAUUUGGAUAAUCCAGAUGAACGGGCCCUGACCAUGGGAGAUUUAAUAUCCUUCGCCUGGCAGAUCUCCCGUGGAAUGCAGUACCUGGCUGAAAUGAAGCUUGUUCAUCGUGACUUGGCAGCUCGGAAUGUACUGGUCGCUGAGGGGCGUAAGAUGAAGAUCUCCGAUUUUGGGCUUUCCAGGGAUGUGUAUGAGGAGGACUCUUAUGUAAAAAGAAGCAAGGGUCGGAUUCCUGUUAAAUGGAUGGCAAUUGAGUCUUUGUUUGAUCACAUCUACACAACACAAAGUGACGUGUGGUCAUUUGGCAUUCUUCUUUGGGAAAUAGUGACACUGGGUGGAAAUCCCUAUCCUGGAAUUGCCCCGGAACGUCUCUUCAAUCUGCUAAAGACAGGAUACCGGAUGGAGAGACCAGAAAACUGCAGUGAGGAAAUGUACAACUUGAUGCUGCAAUGCUGGAAACAAGAGCCGGAUAAACGGCCAACAUUUGCAGAAAUCAGCAAAGAACUGGAGAAGAUGAUGGUGAGGAGCCGGGACUACCUGGACCUUGCAGCCUCCACACCAUCAGAUUCCCUGCUCUAUGAUGACGGAGUGGCUGAAGAAGAGACGCCAUUGGUAGACUGUAAUAAUGCUCCCCUCCCUCGGUCCCUCCCCUCCACAUGGAUUGAGAACAAACUCUACGGUAGAAUUUCACAUGCAUUUACUAGAUUCUAA